UCUGCUCAGAGACAGCUGAUGCUUCAGAGCAGCACUGCUGGAUUCAAGCACAGGAGCUGAAAUUGAUUCAGAUUUCAACUACAGCGAAAAGAAAGGAUUUAAGGGACACCAACAGUUGCCAUCUGUUACCAGAUAUGCGGCCAAGGUCAAGACUGCUGAGCAAGAGGAGAGUCAUGCUGCCCACAAUCAGAGAGGGCAUGGAGGAGAUGGUGAAAGACCUAAAUGAAGCUAACACAUUUCAUUUUGCUGACAACACCCAAGCUGUCUCAUCAGAGGACUACUUUCUCUCUAUCUGUCACCUGGCCCGCCCCACCUUUCCUGCCAGAGAUGUUUUCCCCCAAAGUCAGGAGACUGUGCAGCAGAGACUCAUCGCGACUGCUUUGUCUCCGCUGGAGUUCAGUCUUAAUGAGGACGAAAAUGGCCGUGGUUCACUGCAGAUGGAAGAGAAAAAAUUGAACGCCGAGCUUAUGUGUUGCAACUCUGACCCAUUGGAGUAUCUCUAUGGAAAUCAGAAUAACCUUCUAGCCCUUCCAGGAAGGGUGAGGAAAGCAUUUGUUAAGGGAAAGUUGGCAGGUCAACAUGGAGACAUGCUGGAGGGCCCCGCUCGAAGCAGAGCAAACAGCCUCCCCCACACUCCAAGCCCAGAUUUACCAUUCCAGUGCAAGAGCAGCUGCCCUGAAAUCCUCUCUGACGUCAACACCUCAACUGCAAGUAGCUGUCCAGUACACAGCUUUCCCAGGUCAGAGGUCAGGGGAGUCGAACCCGUAGACAAAGGAGAAAAAGGAACAAGAUUCCAUCCAGCCACCCAACAAUCUUUAAUCUCCCAGUGGAUCUCAGACUGUCGGUCAGCAUGGAGAGAGGCACGUCUCCGGGCCUGCAUGCUGCCUGCUAUUGCAGAAGUGUAGCGAGUGCAAGGACAGUGACUGGAAAAUUCCUGAAAAAUAAACACAGAAUAUUUUUCAUGUCAGAGCAUGAGACAUUCAGGGCAGAGCUGGUCAAAGGUUGUACAGGAGCUGAUGUAGAAUGCAAAACCAGUUUUCAACCAUGACGUGGAAACCAACAAACCCAAACCCAGUUCACAAUAUAUUUACACUCAGUGAUGUUUUCACAUUGAAAAGCCACAGGAUAAAACCUACACUGACAUGACGAACCAUACUCCCCAGCUGUGAGACAAACAGUGGACAUAAAUAAAUCAUGAGCAGUUAAUCAUGAAUUUGUUUAAAUAAAUAGUUCUACACUUUAUUUAGCAAUUUAUUGAUUUUUCAGCUAGUCUUUAUAGCUAAAAUAUCAGCUAUAUAAAAAUCAGCUCUUGCUCACCUGGGGGUGUUCUGCCCCCAGGUGAGCAAGAGACCCAAAGCAGCUUAUGCCUCAGACAGGCUCUGAUUCUAUAACAUAUGUAGAAAUACAUGUUUGAAAACAUACAGAGGAAAAGAAAUGUCAGUGUUUCAUACUCUUAGUGUUUGCUGUUGAUCUUGUAAAUACAUGAACAUGGACCAAUCUUGUUUUAUAUUUUGUGUGUAAUGACUUGUAAAGCAAAACAAAUAAACCUGUCUUUUGAUAUGCA